AUGUACAACAUUUUCGGGGACCCACGCAUGGCGCAGAACCAACGCCGCGCCGGCGGGCGCCGCGGAAACGACCGUCAAGACUUCUUCCCAGGCUUCUCCAACUCCCUCUUCUUCGACCCCUUCUCCUCUCAGAGUCAAGAAACUGCCCACCGUCCCGAUGAGCCUGACGAGAACGAGUAUGACAAUCACCCCUCUCACUCUACUCUCCAAAAGCAACGCCAUCUCCAGCAACAGCAACAACAGCAGGAAAGGCAGCGUCAACAGGAGUUGGAGAGGCAACGGCAUUUGCAGCAACAGCAACAAUUGCAAAUGCAGCGGGAGAGUCAUGACGCCCGUGUCCGGUUGGCGGCGGCUGAGAAGGAGAAGAGACAGCAGCAGCAGGCGGAGGCUGAAUUGAAGCGCGCUCAUCAUGAGGCUACCAUGCGCAAUCACCAUGAUGCUCUUCACAAGCAGCAGGUUCUUCGCCAGCAGCAGCAAAUGAAGCACCAACAGUCGCAACGGCAGCACCAACAGCUGCAGCACCAAAAGGUCCAUUCUCAGCAACAUCCUCAGCAACAGCAUCAGAAGGCUCAACAAUCCCUUCAGCAGCAACAGCGGCAGCCAGCUACUGGUCCCAAGGCACGCCGCCAACGCAGACGCCAGAGACAAGCCUCCGCUUCCUCCGCUGCCGGUCAGACCCAAGUCCAAGCCCAGUCCAAGGGCGAUCAAGACGACGAUCUGGAAGACGAGGCUGUCAUGAACAUCUUGACUAACGCAUUCGAUGGUGUCUACACUACACCCGAGGAGGAGGCCGAGCGAGCUGCCCGCAAGAACUUGGAGGCGGCCAAGAAGAAGCUUCCUAUGCCUCCUCCCGCAGAGUCUGAGGGCGAUGAGGAAGAAGAUGAGGAUGAAGAGGAUGAAGAGGAUGAGGAGGAUGUGUGGGGGCAGGAUGCUCAGGCUCUCAACGAACCCAGUGCCGCCGAGAAGCAGCAGCAGCAUCGUCAGCAACAGCAGCAAAAGUACCAAAAACGCCUGCAGGAGCACUAUCAACGCCUGCAGCAACAGAAGAUGGAGGAGUCUGACCGUGACGAGGAGAUGGGACAGGAGGAGGAAGCCCCACAAGAAGACGAUGAGACCAUGGAAGAUAACACCACCACUCAAGACGAAGAGGACGAAGAAGAACCCCAGCCAGACCCAGAACUGAUCCGCAAGAGUCAAGCUGAGCUCCAAGAGAUUCGCACGAGCCUCGACAACCUUUCCCACGAGCUCCAACAGAUCGAAUCCGGUGUCAUCCCCAAUAAGAAGCAUGUCCUGAUGACGGAGGAGAACCUAACAAAGGCCAUGCUGAAGAUCGAUUCGGUCGAGAGUGGUGGAGAUGAGUCAAUCCGCAAGCAGCGCAAGGAGCUGAUCGGCAGAGCAGAGCAAAUCUUGGAGAAGGUCGAUGAUUUCAAGCGCCGGACCAAGAUUUCUGUUCCUCGCCGCAAGUAA